CUACGAAAACAAAGAAAUAAAGUAGAAAGGGCCAUUUGUAGCCCAAAGUAUACUUCCGCUCCCACACUCGACCCGCUUUCACUAUUUUUUGCUUCGAAAAAACUGUACUGCUCGUUCGCCGGUGCUCCUCGUCGGAAUCCGUUUGAUUUGCUGCCGGUAUCUGGGUCUCUAUUGAAGACUAGCAUAUAAUCCAAUGGGUGAUAGUCAAUACUCUUUCUCACUUACUACUUUCAGUCCAUCUGGAAAGCUGGUUCAGAUUGAACAUGCCUUGACAGCAGUUGGAUCGGGUCAAACAUCACUGGGGAUCAAAGCCGCUAAUGGUGUUGUAAUUGCAACUGAGAAGAAACUACCAUCCAUUCUGGUUGAUGAAACAUCUGUGCAAAAGAUUCAGACUCUGACACCAAAUAUUGGAGUAGUUUACAGCGGCAUGGGCCCUGAUUCUCGAGUUUUGGUGCGAAAAAGUAGAAAGCAGGCUGAGCAAUAUUAUCGACUCUAUAAAGAACCUAUACCUGUCACACAACUGGUGAGGGAAACUGCUGCUGUCAUGCAGGAAUUCACCCAAUCAGGUGGUGUAAGGCCAUUCGGUGUUUCACUCUUGGUUGCGGGGUAUGAUGACAAGGGUCCUCAACUGUAUCAGGUGGAUCCAUCAGGUUCUUACUUCUCUUGGAAGGCCUCUGCUAUGGGGAAGAAUGUGUCCAAUGCAAAGACAUUUCUAGAGAAGAGGUACACGGAGGAAUUGGAACUUGAUGACGCUGUACACACUGCUAUACUGACCCUGAAGGAGGGAUUUGAGGGGCAGAUCUCCGGAAAAAACAUCGAGAUCGGCAUCAUUGGCAAUGACAAAGUAUUCAGAGUUCUCACACCAGCUGAAAUCGACGAUUACCUACAAGAAGUUGAAUAAACUCUCUUCACGACUCGAACGUCGACAAAAUUUAGCUGUCAGGAAAGAAAGCACUGAUGGAUUUAAUGUUACAACUAUCUUAAGGAUCUUGUGGAACUAACUUUCUUUGCUUUGUUGAGUUUUCAUUGACAGUUUGAUUAUGGCACAUCUGUAUGAGGAUCUUGUUGAUUUUUCUUUCUGACAAGUUUAACCUUUUAUCUAAAGUAACUUAGUUAUGGUUCUCA